CCGUCUCCCAUCUCCUUCUCUUGCGUUGUCCUCCUCUGGAACGCUAAAUCUUCUGCCGUCUUCUAUCGUCGCCCUUUCUCUCGAACCCUAAAUCUUCCAUCGUGAUGAGUGAAAAAGUAGGCUGGGAAGCUUAUUUGAGAGAUCUAUUUUUCCCCGAUUCGGAGGAUUUUGAACCAUUCGAUUUGUUGCCUCUGUUGUCCUAUUUUCGGUUUGUGAUAACAGAAGGAGACAUGGUCAAAGCCGAAGAGUCUUUUGGUGAUGAGUUGGAGAAGGGGUUCACAACAGGCGAUGGAGCCCUCGAUAAAGGUCCCUCUUCGAUCCAUCAAUCGAUUUACCGCUGCCUAUGUGUCGCCGUGAAGAAGCCCCAAAGGGAAAUCAACAAUUUUCUCCUCCUCUGCAACGAGAAGUGGGACGACGUCAUCCUGAGCGAAAGGGCAGAGGUCGAUGUCGGCGAAUGGUGGGAGAGUUGUUCCCCUGCUUUGCGAGGGAUGUUUGAGAUCCUACUUCCUCAACUGUUUCAGCCUUCCACAAUCAAGCAAUAGAGCUCCUACAACAUCCGAACUUGGACAUGGCAGCCUUUUGAGUCCCAUAAAAAAUCUCUCAUCGUUGAUAUGUUGAAGAAGAAACAAUACUAUAUCUUGUCUCUCUUGUGAUGAGAGAUCUUUCCUUCUUGUUAUGGAUGGUUAUAGAUUUUUUUUUUUGGGCUUUAGUUUGUGGGAAUUAAAAAGUGGCAGAUUUGCCCUAUUUAUAGAAUGUAAAUCUUGAUUAUGGUGAUAGAACAUAAUUUACUAUUCUAGGAAUCAUAUCUCUGCAUUGAGUUGGGCCA